CGCCGAGUGGCCCUGCCUGUCCCAGGUCGCCUUCGGGUAUAGCGGAAACGGGGGGCCGCCCUAGGCCCCGCCCCCUAAGCCUCACUUCCGGGCCUUAGCUGCUCCUGAAAGGAAGGGCUAUGGAGCGUCAGGUGCUGCUGAGUGAGCCCCAGGAGGCGGCAGCGCUGUACCGGGGCCUUAGCCGCCAGCCUACGCUGAGCGCCGCCUGCCUGGGCCCGGAGGUCACCACGCAGUAUGGGGGCCUCUAUCGGACGGUGCACACUGAAUGGACUCAGAGGGACUUGGAACGAAUGGAGACCAUCCGAUUCUGCCGCCAGUACCUAGUGUUCAAUGAUGGAGACUCGGUGCUGUUUGCCGGGCCUGCAGGCAACAGUGUGGAAACCCGGGGGGAGCUGCUGAGCAGAGAGUCUCCUUCGGGCUCCAUGAAAGCUGUGCUGCGCAAGGCUGGGGGCACAGCCCCAGGGGAGGAAAAACAGUUCCUGGAGGUCUGGGAGAAGAACCGGAAACUCAAGAGCUUCAACCUGUCAGCCCUGGAGAAACAUGGGCCUGUUUAUGAGGAUGACUGCUUUGGCUGCCUUUCCUGGUCAUACUCAGAGACACACUUGUUGUAUGUGGCGGAGAAGAAGCGCCCCAAGGCUGAGUCCUUCUUUCACACCAAAGCCUUGGAUGUCAGUGCCAGCGAUGAUGAGAUGGCCAGGCCGAAGAAGCCAGACCAGGCCAUCAAGGGGGAUCAGUUUGUGUUUUUACGAAAGACUGGGGAGAAAACCAUGGUUUCCAAAAGCACUGUGCUCUGCGUGCUGGAUAUUGAGAGUGGCAACAUCUCGGUGCUCGAGGGCAUCCCUGAACACGUGUCCCCAGGACAGGUUUCUGGGCCCUGGAGAUACAGGUGGUGGUGUUUGUGGGCUGGAUGGCACGAGCAGAAGCCCUUCCGGCUAGGUAUCCGCUUUCUGCACCAAUCGCCAGAAACUACUCUCGAUGAUUCACUGGCUGUUUGUUCUCCACGGCUGAGCCCAGACCAGUGUCGCAUCGUCUACCUGCAGUAUCCGUCUCUACUCCCUCAUCACCAGUGUGUGCCAGCUCUGCCUGGUGAGCUGGAGGUGGAUGGCAGAAGAAGGGUGGUUAGCUUCUUGCUAGGGGGAGAUGCCAGGCAAAGGGCCAGCAUCAUCUCCCCGUCAGGGUCCUCUCCUGGCUUUCACUGUACUAGUGGCCUGACUUUUCAAGGUAGGACCAGAGGCUUGAGUACUCUGAGGGCUCACCACCUCAAGAGCAUCCUCCAACUACAGAGAUGCCUGUCUGUAAUUCCCAUCCACAAGUACCAGGCUCUCAUCCCUGCUCUGGUGAGUUUGACCAUUGUGUUCUCUUGCAGUAUGACUGUAACCCAAGGUCACUUCAGUGGUGGUGACAUUGUACCUCGGCAGCUGGGAGAGGAUUUCUCUGGGAUCUACUGCAGUCUUCUGCCUUUGGGAUGCUGGUCAGCCGACAGCCGGAGAGUGGUCUUUGACUCAGCACAGCGCAGCCGGCAGGACCUGUUUGCUGUGGACACCCAGACAGGCAGUGUUACCUCCCUGACAGCUGGGGGCUCAGGUGGGAGCUGGAAGCUGCUUACGAUUGAUCGGGACCUCAUGGUGGCCCAGUUCUCCACGCCCAACCUACCCCCAAGCCUGAAAGUUGGGUUCCUGCCUCCUGCUGGGAAGGAACAGUCUGUGUCGUGGGUGUCCCUAGAAGAGGCUGAACCCAUUCCUGACAUCCACUGGGGCAUCCGUGUGCUACAUCCACCUCCAGACCAAGAGAAUGUGCAAUAUGCUGACCUUGACUUUGAAGCAAUCCUUCUGCAGCCCAGCAACCCUCCAGAUAAGACCCAGGUACCCAUGGUGGUCAUGCCCCACGGGGGACCCCAUUCAUCCUUUGUCACUGCCUGGAUGCUGUUCCCGGCCAUGCUUUGCAAGAUGGGCUUUGCAGUGCUACUGGUGAACUACCGUGGCUCCACUGGCUUUGGCCAAGACAGCAUCCUUUCUCUCCCAGGCAAUGUGGGCCACCAGGAUGUGAAGGAUGUCCAGUUUGCAGUGGAGCAGGUGCUCCAGGAGGAACACUUUGAUGCAAGCCGUGUGGCCCUUAUGGGUGGUUCCCAUGGUGGGUUCCUCUCCUGCCACCUGAUUGGUCAGUACCCAGAGACCUACAGUGCCUGUAUAGCCCGGAACCCUGUGAUCAACAUUGCCUCCAUGAUGGGCUCCACUGACAUCCCUGAUUGGUGUGUGGUGGAGACUGGCUUCCAUUAUAGCAAUGACUGCCUGCCAGAUCUGAAUGUGUGGAAGGAGAUGCUGGAUAAAUCACCCAUCAAGUACAUCCCUCAGGUAAAGACACCAGUGUUACUGAUGCUGGGCCAGGAGGACCGGCGUGUACCCUUCAAGCAGGGUAUGGAGUAUUACCGUGCCCUCAAGGCCCGGAAUGUGCCUGUUCGGCUCCUGCUGUAUCCCAAAAGCACCCACGCGCUAUCAGAGGUGGAGGUGGAGUCAGACAGCUUCAUGAAUACUGUGCUCUGGCUGCACACACACUUGGGCAGCUGAAGCUCCACCGUUCUGCGGGAACUGGCCAGUUCACCUCGCACUUUGCUCUUGGUAAACUCCAGGAUCUGGCAGAACAGCCAAGAGGCUUCCUGGGCUCUGGACUCUGGAUGAGUGGGCAGAGGAAUAUGGACUCCAUAGUCAUAAUAAAUGAGGACACAGA